AUGGAACAGUUUGUUUCAUUCCACCUCACUGGGAUUCCUGGCUCCAAGAAUGUUAAUCAUUUUAUUUCCAUCCCCUUUCAUGUGUGCUACUUGAUUGGAAUAGUGGGCAACUGUACAAUCCUUCACAUCAUCCACAUAGACAAGAGUCUCCACAAGCCCAUGUACUACUUCCUGGCCAUUCUGUCCCUUACUGACAUGGGCCUGUCUAUCUCUACCCUGCCCACAGUAUUAAAAAUCUUCUGGUUUGAUACUAGGAAGAUUGAGGUGAAUGCUUGUGUAUCCCAGAGGUAUUUUAUUCAUACUUUUCCCCUGAUGGAGUCAGCUGUGCUUCUAGCCAUGGUUUUUGACCGCUAUGUUGUCAUUUGUGAUCCUUUGAGGUAUUCCAGCAAACUCACUCCACAGCACACUGUCUACAUAGGGGUCUUCAUUAUAAUCAGAUGUUCUGUUGUCCUCCCUGUUAUUCUUGUUUGUAUUCCCACACUUUCCUUCUGUCACUCCCAUGUUCUCUCUCACUCUUUCUGUUUGCAUCAAGAUGUCAUCCAGUUGGCCUGUGAUGACAUCUCAUUCAACAUUUUAUAUGGCUUGUUUGUUGUUGGAUUUUAUUGGGGUAUAGAUUCUUUAGGAAUCUUGUUAUCUUAUGCAUUCAUCCUCCAUUCUGUGCUAGGCAUUGCAUCCUAGGGAGGGAAGCUCAAAGCUCUCAAUACAUGUGCUUCCCACAUUUGUGCUGUAUUCAUUCUAUAUGUGCCCAAGAUCGGGCUAUCUAUUGUCCACCGUUUUGCCAAACACUCCUCCCCAUUGAUCCAUAUCUUCAUGGCUCACAUCUACUUAUUGGUUCCACCUGUGCUCAAUCCAAUCAUCUAUAGUGUGAAGACCAAACAGAUCCGCCAAGGAGUCCUCUACCUACUUCUCCACACAAAAAUCAGUUCUACUAUGAUGUAG